AUGACUGUCCCUCCACCUCAAGAUCUUUCCGAGCUUGCCCCAAGUGUCACCCUUUCAAACGUUGAAUUCUCUGUUAAGGGAGAUGUUAAAACUGCAAGAAUUAAAAAUCCGAUCAAAGAUGAAAAAUCUUUGAAACCCACAGUCGCUGAUUUGACCAUAUCUGAGCCCGUGACUGCAGAUAAGAUUGCAGAGAAGCUUGAGAUAUACGGUGGUGCUAUCGUGAAAAAUUUCUUAGCCGAUGAAAUCGUUGAUAGAAUGUGGGAUGAGAUCUCUCCACAUUUCACAAAAAGAGUCUGGAAUGGUGAUUUCUUUCCACAGGAAACCCAGAGAGUCACCGCUACUGUUUGCAAGUCUAAAACUGUUGCUGAGGAUUUCAUGUGUCAUCCAAUGUUCAGGGAAAUCUGUGCACGCUUUAUCGGAAAGAAGAACUCAUUCAUCAUGGGAGACGAGCUCGUUACAGCUUAUUCCGAGCCACAGCACAAUGCGUCAUCUAUGUUGAGCAUUGGCCCUGGUGCCAAGGACCAACCUUUACACCGUGAUGACAUUACCCACCACAAUAUCUGCCAAUAUCGUGAGAAGUAUGAGUACGGUCAUGAGACUGCUGUUGCCUGUGCUGUAGCACACAAUACAACCACCAAGGCUAAUGGUGCGACUCGCUUUGUUCCAGGUUCUCACCUGUGGGACCACCAGCGUGUCCCAAAGCCAGAGGAAGCUUUCUACGCUGAAAUGGAGAAGGGCGAUGCAUUCUUCAUGCUGGCUUCUUGCUUCCAUGGAGGUAGCGCUAACACCACGACAGACGAAUGGCGUAACAUGAGUUUCAUAUUCAUGACACAAGGUUUGUUGAGACCGGAAAUCAAUAUUUUUCUCGAGACUCCUCUUGAGUACUUUCAGUCGCUGUCAGUUCAGGCUUUGAAGAGCAUUGGCUUAGCUGUCAGUCAGCCAUUCUGUGGAUGGUACAGAGAUUUGGAGGAUCCUCUCAAAGUUGUGAAACCAGAGCAAGAUAACAGCUCUGACGAUAUGGGGAAAGGAUUCCAAUUAGUUUUAUGA